AUGUCUAGUCAGGGACACGUCAACACGACCGACUACGAUGGUACACCACUUUUGUUAUUGUUUCUUCUUGACAAACGGGAAGAUGUGGACGAAAUACGGGCAGACCUGGACAAUCAGGAUGUAAACGGUAGAAAUCCGCUCUCUGAGUCCCAGCCAUGCAAUGUCUUGGUGAUGAUCAUAUCGCCUAAUGAAAGAGUCCACAUGACGGUUAAACCAGCCUCGUCUGCUUUGUGGGCAUCCGAGCCGCCUUUCGUGAGAGGAAUCGUACAUGUGUACUCAGCAAACGACAUUACGGCCAAUGGAUUCGAGUCGUAUCUCAUUCAAUCAACCUCCAAGACUAAGUACGGAUCAGCCACGAUGAAGACGGCUGUCGACAAUGCCAUGGCCAAACCGUACACGCAGAAGAGCCACGGUAGCAGCAGCAGGAGCCAUGGUAGCAGCAGCGAGAAUCAAGGCACCGGCAAACCCGAACAGCAACCGUCAGGGUACUUCGACAAUGGAGUGCCAUAUUACUACUCUGAGUCUCAGCAGAAGUACUACUAUAUUGGCUCGGACGGGAAAAGACAGCCUUGCUAG